AUUUCGAAUUUAUUGGGAAAGGUGGUUACGGCAUUGUUUAUUCAGCUGUUUGGCUGGCCGAAAUUUUUAGAGAGCCAAUUGCGCUUAUAGUAUCUGCGAUUUCACGUAGAAACGACAUAAUAAAUUCUGAUGUCCUUGGAUGUUAUGGGUUAAGUAAAGAUCCUAAUACCAAUUCUUAUUUGUUUGUUACGAAACUAUGUAAAUGCGAUCUUUGGAGGUAUUUAGAACAGAAUUUUGGGAAAAUAGAUUGGUUUGAAAAAUUGCGAAUCCUAAUGGAGGCUGCCAAUGGAUUAAAAACAAUACAUUCUGCUGGUCUUAUUCAUCGAGAUUUUCAUACUGGCAAUAUUUUAGUCAGUUAUGAUAAUUCUAUCUAUAUUUCGGAUCUUGGGUUGUCAUGUUAUGAAGAUAAGAAUACAACAAAUUCAGUAAACUCUGGUAUAUUUGGUGUUUUACCUUAUAUCGCUCCAGAAUUGUUAAAAGGAUAUCCAUACACAUUUGCUUCAGAUAUAUACAGCUUUGGAAUUAUUAUGUGGAUCAUUGCAUAUGAAGAACUGCCUUUUGUCAAAGAAGCGUACGAUGAUAUCCAUUUGUUGAUAACCAUUUAUAAUGGAGGACACCCACGAAGUGAUAAAAAUGUGUUCAUACCUGAAUGCUAUAAAGAAUUAAUGGAACAAUGUUGGAAUAGUAUUCCAUCAAAUAGGCCAAAUGUUAAUGAAUUAUAUGAAGUUUUAAGAGGAUGGUACUUUGCUGGAAUAAAUGUUAAUCAAUUUGAG